GAGAUGAAUUAGCUGUACUUCAGGUGGAUUUUUCACCGACACUGCCAGGACCUCUCUGCACACAUGUGUACUAAAUGUAGAAAAUGUCAACGACACUGUCACACUUUUUGUUUGACUUGUACACAGUGGGGUCUUCUAAGAAAGUUGAAUUUCCAAUAUGGUUGGAGAGGUUGUCGUUGUCGAGCGGGUUGUUGUCAUGUCCCCGCAGUGCCUGUAGUGGUGCUGUGAGGGAGUCUGCUGUGGAUCUGACAAAAUCCUUAGCAGCCUACCUACUGCCUAUAAUUUGAUCGAGCGCUUAUUUUACAUGCAUCCGAAAAUGAAGCUAUACUGAGCCCAAUGAAGAUCACUUGUGUUAUUCUAUCUCGGAUAUCGAUGCACGGAUAGCCUAGCUGAUCGUAAUAGACAUUUCGGCCGUCUAUCUGGAGCGAAUACCGUACAAGGGCCCAUACCAGUUGAAGCUGAUGUUGUCAAGGACAAGAGUCACGUGAUGUAUGAAGGCAAACACAUACACUUCUCCGAGGUGGACAAUAAGCCCUUGUGCUCAUACAGCCCAAAGCUCUGCAAGCAACGCAGACUCAAUGGCUACGCUUUCUGCAUCCGACACGUUCUGGAGGAUAAGACGGCCCCGUUCAAGCAGUGUGAAUACGUGGCCAAGUACAACAGUCAGCGGUGUACCAACCCCAUCCCAAAGUCAGAGGACCGCAGGUACUGCAACAGCCACCUGCAGGUCCUUGGCUUCAUUCCCAAGAAGGAACGCAAGAAGAAACAUGACGCUUUGGAAGAAAUGCGUUCCCGGGCACACCUGGAGUCGGUGGCUCUCAACAUAACAGUGCCGUCUUUACCUCUGAAAGCUUCCAACGGUCUAAACGAACUUCCACCAUCUCCCCCUUGUGCGCGUCUGUUAGCCCUUUCCGAUGGAGAACUCCUGGACCCGUUUGCCUUUUACGAGGGCGACACAGACGGGGAAGAAAUAGGCCCCCCUCGGAAAAGCAGCACCAUCAAGAAGAAAUUGCAGAGUCGGCUGGUGCUGAACCAGAAAUUCUGCCAGGACACGGACCGUUUCCAGACACCCUCUGAGCACUUUAGUCCCUCCCCUGUCCCCCGCGUCCACCCUCCGUCACCUCUCAGCACGCACCCCCCACGGCAGCAGUCAGGUCUUCUCCAGCCGUCCCAACAGCAGGGUCUAUUAUGCAAUCCACCACCUCCUCAGACGGUCAACUUUUUGCCUCCAGGGAUACCUGCUAAUGCAACACCCAGUCCGGCGCACCCUUCGGGGCCAUCGCUCGGCAGGAAAACACCUUUUGCUUCCAGUCACAUGGUCAUCAUGCGGCCCGCCUCCUACUCGCCUUCGGCCCGCUGUCUGGCCAGGUUGCAACAUCUGGUACAGCUCUGCACCAAGAGACACCAGGAAUAUGGAGAUCUUUUUCCCCAUUUAGGAUUGGACUGGUCAGAAGACAGCGCUGAUAGUGAUGAUGAAGAAGAUGAAGCUGAAAGAUUUGUUCCUGGCCUGAGCUCUUGGAGACCACCGAACGGGCUGGAGGAAGACCGGGGCUCCUCCCGUAGAACACGGCUACUGCGGCUUUGCUCGUACCUGCAGAAGAAGUACAAGCACAUGUGCAGGCAGGAGAGGGCAAGUAUCCGCCAAAAGAGAUACCGUUAUGCCUUCCGCAAAGCCUUGCUGCACGCUGCCAGUAAAAACCCCGAUUGUGCCGGGCAGUUGAUCCAGGAGUUGCACACUUCCUCUCACAGGACAUCAAGUGCUGGAUCAGAACAUCACCACAGUGGCUCUCCUCCAAGACGGCACAGCGCAGACACAGGGACGUGUACGGGCACAACAAAGGGACAGGCCUGCAACAACAGAGCGCUGCCCUUUACCAAACACUGUUUUCAGCACAUUCUGCUGAAUCGCUCCCAGCAGCUGUUUGCAAGCUGCACAGCCAAAUUCGCAGAUGGUCAGCAGUGCUCCAUUCCCGUGUUUGAUAUCACGCACCAGACACCGCUCUGCGAAGAGCAUGCCAAAAAGAUGGAUAACUUCCUACGCGGGGACGGCAAUCGACGGGUGCAACAACAACACCACCACCACCACCACCAGCAGCAGCAGCACCAGCGUAGGCCACGCAAAAAGACCAAACCACCGGCACUCACCAAAAAACACAAGAAGAGGAGAGGGCCGAGGAGGCCUCAGAAACCCAUUCCUCCCGCGCUGCCUCAGGGGAACCUGGGAAUGCCGCCGAUGAGCCUUGCCAUGUCCUCACAGGCCAGCAUCAGGAGCCCCUCCACUCCAGAACUGAGUACGGACGAGCUCCCAGACGACAUCGCCAAUGAAAUGGAAGACAUUCCCAACGACCUGGAGCUCAACCAGGAGGAUUUUUCUGAUGUCCUACCCAGGCUACCGGAUGACCUUCAGGAUUUUGACCUGUUUGAAGGUAAGAACGGAGAGCUGCUGCCCACCACUGAAGAGGCCGAGGAGCUGGUGCGUGCUCUGCAGGCCAUGGGGUCCUACCCGGACUCCUUGGUGUGCCUGACCUCCAUAGGAGACCUCACCUCGUCAGAAGGAGUGGACCACCGAGCCAUGGCCGUCUUUCCCGGCGCAGUGCAGCCGGGGGGCAUGGGGGACAUCCUCAGCAGUCGCAUCCCAAGUGAGAACUUUCCCAGCCUGGAGUUAGAGGACAAUCUACUGCAGUCCACCGGGGGCCACUUCCCUCCCUCACCGCCAUCUCAGCCCACAGACUUACCCCGAACAUUAUCCACUUCUUCGGCCGCUCCCCCCACCACCUCGCUGCUCACUCAGGCCGCGGCGCGGCUGUUUCCCCGCGCACACCCUCCAAACAUCAAGUCGGAAGUGAUGACGUCGUCGCCACAAGGCGGCCGCUACAGCGAGCACGUGCCGUCCCCGUACAGCGACCAAAUACCUUCGCCCCACGCCAGCCCCUUCCACACGGACGCCCCCCUCCUUCUGGAGGUGCCUCUCAGCGGCGUGCCGGAGCCCCCGCGCUCUUCUUGGAGCAACCUCCCGCUCGCCGAUCCGACCCAGUUUGGGAAUCUCAUCGGAUCAGAAAGUCAUCUCAUAUCCACCUCCCUCUCCACUCCACCUGCCACCACCCACUCUGUGACGCUGCAGCAGCCCAUGGCGGCACUCUCAGCCAUGCCUCAGAGCGGCCUGACUGGCUUAGCCGUGCCCCCGGCGCCGCUGCCACCGUCGUCGACCAUGCUCCCCCCCACCUCCUCGCACGACCCCCUGACAUCCGUGCUGCCCAAACUGCAACUCCCCCAGUUCAGCGCGGCCUUCGGCCACCAGUUGGCCUGCCACAGCGGCAUCCCCAACGACGUGCAGCCCAGCCACAGCUCCACGGCGCCCCCAGCCGGCUUCUCCAUCGUUGGCGCUGGCGCAAGUGCCAACGGCGCGGCGACACCUUUCACGCAGAGCAACUGAACGUAGACUCACUCCUCCUCCCACCUGGAACCCGCCCACCUCGGCGCCAUGUGGUAACGGUGCACUAUUUGAUCAUGACUUUGCACAACCUCAUCACCAUUUUCUCUUUUUAGCAGCCAGACAGUCUAGAAGAUUCAGUCCGCUUGUUUGAUGCCUUGUGAUUUUGUCAGGCGGGGGCGGAAUUGGUGGGGCGCGGGGCGGGGGGUUACAGUCAGUGAUGUAAUUAGAGGUGAAGAAGGAUGGCAACUGACCGGAGUACAUCUGCCUGUUUCAUUCCUGAGCAACGUCACCAUCUUUUAAUUUCACGAGCGCACGUGACUAUGUGGCACGCAAUCUCUGAUCUCGACGCGGUCAUGAAUUCACCAAAAUCCUUUUAAAACUCUUUUUUAUAUUGUGUAUGCUGUAUAUGUGCUCAUUUAUUGCUUCUUCUUCUUAUAAAUGUCUGACCUCACCGUUGGUUGUGCGACUGAGCUGCCCAGUACACACACACACACACACACACACACACACAGGUUACUGAAUACUAAAGCAAUAAACACAUUGACGUCAGCAUUGCAUUGCACUGCAGGAUGUUUUAUUGGUCAGGUCACAUGUAGCUUCACCUGGUGUUGUUGAUCAGGUGUUUUUUUUUUUUGUUUGUUUUUUUACCCCGCCCACUUCUGUACUGUCCUCACACAUUCUUUUUAUUUUUUACAUUGUGUAACGGAUGCCGGCUAGUUUGGCUGUGCAAUGUGUAAACUUCACUAGAGUUGCAACAAUUAAUCGGUUCUUUUUUUUUUAAUGUAAAAAUUCUCUGAUUUCAGCCUCUCAAAUGCGAAUAUUUUUUAAUUUCCUUAGUUAUCCAUGAAAACAGACCUAUUAUCUUGUUUUGUGUUUUAGGCGAAACAAGAUAUUCACAAAUAUCAGCUUUGACUUUGAAAGACAUUGAUCAACACGUUUGUGUAUUUUCUAAUAUGUGUCGGUCCACACCGCUAACGUUUGUGUUUGGUUCACAUGUAUAUCAAAUAUUCAUAUAUUAGGACCGUCUAGGGCCCUAACUGAUUCAUCAAAACAAGCUUUAAGGAAGCAGCCAGGCUCAAAGCAGCGACCACACGUCCACACACAAUCAGAGCUAAAGGGACUGUACGUAACUCGCUCCAAUGGCUUAAAAAAAAAAAAAUCUAAAUAAAUAUAAGAACAUGGCCGCCAACUAGCAUAUGGAAUGUACUGGACUAAAACGGGGCUGACUGUCCAAAGUGCAGCCCAGGGGUCAUUUAAGGUCUGUGGUUGCUUAGUUUUUUGGGGUUUUUUUAUAUUAGCCCUUGGCACAAUCUAAAAAUAUGAUGAAACAAGGAAACUUGAAAAAAUACAGUGGCAGUAGUUUUAUGUAAUAUGGGGAAGAGAAAGAUUAAAGUUGCAAUUUUUGGAAAAUUAGGUUGGGAAGAAAUUAUUACAAUAGAGUCCAAAUAUUACGAGAAAAAAAUAUUUUUAAAAAACCCAGCAAAAACGUGUAAUUUCAGAAAAAAAAGGUUGAUACUAAUAUGCUUUGUUACCGAUAAAGCUGAGAUGCAGGCUGUUUUUUUAAUUUCUUAUUUCUUCUGCAUACCUAGAUGGGAUUGUUUAGCAAAAUGUAAAAGUGGCCCCUGCAUCUUCGGACUUUUCAGUAUUCGGCCCUCGGUGGAAAACGUUUGGACACCAUGGGUCUAAAAAAAAAAAAUAUCGAUUUUUUUUCUUUUUUCUGCACAAUGAUGAAUUAAACGGAAUAAAAAUCAAUAGAAAUUUUCGUUCGGCCCGAAUAUGGAGAGUCAUUGUGUGGUUACGCUAGGCUAUUCAUUCAAUGAUAGCUAACGUUAGUAGCUAAACUUAGCCAAAUCAACAAAGGUAACCAAGGCUGUAACCGAUUAUUUUCUUAGCCGAUCAAUCUGAAGCUUGUAUGGAUUAAUCGCUGAGGGCCUAGAUGGACCAAAUCGAUAUGAAUCACAAACUGUUAGUCGUUUAAACACAAAGAUAAUAGGUCUGCUUGGAUGAAUGCCAAAGGAAAUUUAAAAAACAUUCACAUUUGAGAGGCUGAAAUCAGAGGAUAUUUACGUUUGUAAAUCAAAAACUAUGAAUCGAACACCAAAACGAUGGUCGAUUCAUUGAAUACUCAGUUAAUCGUUGAUUAACAAGUGUGUGUGUUACAUCUUAUGUACGCAAAGCAGGAAGAGGCGGGAUACAAUGCCAUUCGUACAUUGGGAUGUUGGUGUUGGCGGAAUCUGCAGCAUACAGUUCUUUUAAUUCGAGCAACGCUAGCCUCAAGCUGUCAACUCGUCACCUAAGCGCAGCUCUUCAGGUGUCGGGGAGUGUGGUUUUACUCCGUCACACUGUUGCGCGAUAAAAUCUUGUUUGUGUCAACUUCGCAAGUUCUUUGCAUCGAAACCUUUCGUCUCCUACCAGGCAGUUGUAGCACCAUGCUGAAGGCUAAUGUGUUAUGUAUGCAUUUACUACAAGAGCGCAGUUUUUUUUUAAGCCGAUUUUAUACAUAAAUAAUAUAAAAAUAAAUAAAUAAUGCAAAAUCCGGAUUUUAAUUGGUAGAAAAAGAGACGUCUUCAAACGGCAGGGCAGCGAUGGCUCUUUGGGUAGAUAUAUCAGGCGUUGUUGUGUAUUGCGUGUCUAGAGUAGCGGUCUCUAUCCUGGGGGUUUGUGGGUGAAUUCUUGAGUAGCAAAACAGCGGGAAUAGUUGCCAUGUAUUCAGUGGAACGUGUAGAACGUAGAGCAAGUUUUUGAAUCAAACGGGUCGUUGGACUCCAUGGGUGACAGGGAUGGAUGGAUGGAUUGAUGUCUUGUUUGCCGUGCGCGUCGUCAUUUAAUCGUGGAAGUGUUCUGAUGAAGACUAUUUUUUUAUAACCCCAGGAGAGAUUGCAGAUGAAUAUUAGACAAGUCCAAGGUAUAAAACAUAGGAAUAUAUGCAUUUCUUUUUAGUGUUGUACUUCAACAUAGAUUUUGCACAGAACAGAAAGGAUUUAAGCCUGCCGUGUUUCACGUUUCAUGUCUGUCCUGCUUUGCUUUUUUUUCUUUUUUAAAUUCUCAAUUUGGCUGGCAUGCUCAUGAAAUGAUCCGACGUCAUCAACUCACAGAUUUCCAGCUGUGAGAAGGCUCGGUUCCAGAGACGCCUGGCUUCCCAGUUGACUGCAGUGUUAUUACAUUAACUAAAAAGCAUAAAUGUUUGCGUUAGUGAGGUAAUACUGCUGUAGCCAUGUCUAGCAUGAGUAGUCACUGCGCCACAACUUUCCUGACUUCGAUGAAGAACAAAAAAGCAACUGUGUAUUUUGAGAGAUGGCUGACAAAUUCCAUAUUCAUUGAAUGUACCGUUUUUUUGGUUUUGAAAAGCUACAGAUUAGCGAAAUUGAGUCACCUUUUGUUAUCGGUCCGCGUUUGUUUGUCUAAGGUAUUUUUUGUAUACAAAGGUUUACAUUUUUAUGUCUAUUUUUCUUGUGUACAAGUUAUGUAAUAUGUGUACAAACACUGUAUGUAAUAUCUGUAUAUAGUGUGAGAAAUGGGAUCUUUUGUUUUUGGAUGUAUAAAUAAAACUUGCUGUGAGGUAUUUGCUGACACAAAAAAAAA